GCAGAUCUUGGGGCUUGUACGGGAUGAUAGCCGAGUGAAAAAGCUCGCGAGUCCCGUGAAGUUCGCUCAUCAGCAGCAGCAGCCCUGGCCUGCCACAAUCCCUUCGACUCGGUUAUCUGCUGUGGUGUUGGAGGUGGCGCUUCCACGGCACCUCAGGCUCCGCAGCUGCAGGAUACCGGAUCUGCUGUCGGGAUUACCACCUCCACGAAAACCACCAUCAUGCAGGACGCAGUUCUUGAAUCCAUCCUCGAGCAAAUGCGUGAAACUGAAGCUCGAAAAGCGGAACUGGAACGCCAACAUGCAGAAGCACAGAAUCAGCUACGCGAAAAGAUAGCAGGACGAUAUCAAGGCCCGGAAUCGGUGGAAGCACUACAGUCAAAGAUAAGGGAACUUGAAAAAAAGACAGAGUUACAAAUGGUCAGACAUGAAGAAUUGUCUUUGGAACUAACAAGUCUGAGACGUGCACGAGGCAGAGUGCCAAUGGUGGGCCAUUCGACGAUUUUAACUACUUGGCCACCAACUGGUUCUGAAAUCGACAGAAUAAUAGCAAAGAUAGAACAAGACAAUAGCGCUAGUAGAAUGGUACAUGAUUUGGAUCAUACUCGAGGAUCCAUUACCACGCAACAACCCUCAGCUACACAGAGUAUUCUGCGAUCCAGUUCGGAAAACCUUCCCAAUCUCAGUCAACAUCCACCUCAUCCACAUGCUCUGAGUCUAGGAAUGCCAACACAGAUAAGUCACUAUACAGGUUCACCUAUGCCCUUAACGCCAAUGAUGCCUGGCUGUCCGCCAUUGACUCCGAAUGGACCGCCAUAUCACUACAGUGAACCAAUUCCACCAGCGCCGUCGCUCUCCACCAGUCAAUCACAACCUGCUUUCCAACAAAAGUUACAACAGUAUCAGCAACCACAACCAACCCAUACCGAGUUACAGAGCUCUCACUCUCAAAGUGUUCUGCAGACACAGCAGAAGCAACAACAAACGCACACCCAUUAUACGAGUAAUCAGUAUCAGGAAAGUUAUCCACAUACGCAAACCUAUCAGCAGCCGCUUCAGCAGCAACAACAGCAACAGCCGCAACAUCCGGCUUCUACAACGUACCUGACGUCAUCGAGCCAAAACAUAAUACCUCAUUAUUCGCAGCCCACACAGACUGGUCAAAGUUUCCAGUUGAAUGGAAAUCAGCAGGCAACGACAUAUCCAAGUUUGUCCAUUACUUCACAUCCAAAUGGAACUUAUAGUACAGGAGCGAGUAGCUUUAGUACUCAACUAUCGCAUCACAACUUUUCCGUUCCACAGACAAGCAUCCCACAAACCACAUUGUCCUCAUUGCCACCCUAUUCAACAACUUCCUUUCAUUCUACUCUGGGCGCACUUACCAGUGUACCUCAAACCGCUCUACCCUUCUCGAGCGUACAGAGCAGUUUCGCCACUAGCGGAUCGACCUAUUCAACCGUCGGGACCAAUGCUUUUGGCACGUCAGGUGUGAGCUCAGGAACCACAUCAACAGGCUUAUUACAAGCGAUAAGCGACCCUCUUCAAGCAAUGCAACAACUUUCUGCGCAAUCUCAAGCCAAUCAGCUGCAACAACAAGCUAUUAUCCAGCAGAUUCAACAAAGUUUACGCGCCAGUUCACCCACAGCACCUGCUACGACGGGUCAUCAUUUCCUUGGUUCAAGACAGAUGCCAAAGAUACCCAGUAGUAUACUAUCUAAUCCCCUAGAUCGACUGACCAAUGACAAUAUCGUAACCGAGGGUCAAGUAGAUAUGUUGGAUGUACCUGGCAAAGGGAGAUGUUACAUCUAUAUUGCUCGUUUUACUUACGAGCCAUUUCAGCAUUCGCCAAACGAAAAUCCAGAAGCAGAGUUGCCUGUUCAGGGUGGAGAUUAUCUUCUUGUUUGGGGACAACCAGACGAAGAUGGUUUUCUUGAUGCAGAAACUCUUGACGGCAGGCGUGGCCUCGUUCCAGCUAAUUUCGUUCAAAAAUUAGUCGGCGAUGACUUAUUAGAAUUUCAUCAAGCUGUCCUUGGUCUCAGGGACGUCGACGAUUCUGCUUCGACCAACAUACCCCAAGUGAGCAAUUGUCACCUACAGGAUAUUGAUCUCGAGUUAGCGGCUCUGGAAGAAGGAAAUCGAAAUCGACAAGCUGAACUAUCUGCGUACGCAGAACUUGAUAAUAUAGCAGAAGAGGAUGAACAAGAACCACCAGUUCCGGCGCCGCAGCACCUCACUCUCGAGCGGCAGUUGAACAAGAGCGUCUUAAUCGGUUGGACAGCACCGGAGAAUACUCACCAGUUGGAAUCGUAUCACGUCUACGUGGAUGGGGUAUUGAAGGUUACCGUGAAAGCAACCGAGAGAACCAGAGCAUUGGUUGAAGGAGUUGAUUCAACUAGGCCACACAGAAUAAGUGUACGUUCAGUGACGCACUCGAGGAGAACGUCUCGCGAUGCCGCUUGCACGAUGGUAAUUGGUAAGGACGUUGCCUUGGGCCCAACUGCUGUCAAGGCAUCAAAUGUUACGGCUACCAGUGCUGUCAUAUCUUGGAUGCCGAGCAAUAGCAAUCACCAACAUGUGGUUUGCGUGAAUAACGUCGAAGUUAGAACGGUCAAGCCUGGUGUUUACAGACACACAAUUAUCGGUUUAGCACCCUCGACAAUUUAUAGGGUGACUGUUAAAGCGAAGAAUCUGAGAGCAACACACUUCGAGGACCAAAACACUCAAGCGGCAAACAAUUUAGCUUGUCACGUCCAUUUCAAAACGUUACCUAAAGGAUUACCUGACCCUCCGGUCGAUAUCCAGGUGGAGGCUGGACCGCAGGACGGCACUUUGCUAGUGACCUGGCAGCCUGUUGCCCUAAACGGUUCGGCCGUCACCGGUUACGCGGUGUACGCCGAUGGGAAGAAGGUCACCGACGUAGACAGCCCCACUGGUGACCACGCUCUAGUGGAUAUACAUAAACUUAUGGGUUUGAAUCCGAAACACAUCACGGUCAGGACAAAAAGCAGGGAAAGUCAAUCCGGCGAUAGCUGUGCUACCGCCAUUCCUUGUAGCGUUCUUCGUGGUGGAACUGCAACUCAUUUGCAACAUGGAUCUACGCAUAUGCAAGAUCAAGGACAACCGCAACCUUCUAAUACCGGGCAAACGGAUGAUCCGAAUAGACAUCGCAUAGGCGGUGUAGAUCAAAGAUAUCCAUCGACUCCUGUACCUUCUCACAUAAGAAGAUACGGAAAUAGAGUCGAUGCACACGGCCAAGUUAUCAUUGAGACUGAUGAAAAUUUAUCCGAUAAAGAAAUUUAUCCUGGACAAAGCAUGUCCCAAAUGGGAGUUCCAGAGAUUACCAAGGAUUCGGCAAGCGAAGCGAAUUACAGCGAAGAAGAUGAUCCCUCGCGUAGAAGUAGAGGGAUGCCACUGCAUCAUGGUGGUCAGCAUCGAUAUGGACCACAAAUGGGACAGCAAGGACUUCCUGGAACCCAUCGACCCGGAAGAAUGGGUGUUCCUGCUGGUAGACCUCAAGAUCCUUACUAUGACCAACCAGGAAAUCAAAGAGGUAGACCAUCUGCAUACCGUGGUGCACGAGGAACGCAAGCUCAAGGUGGUGCCGGCCAUCCAUCGAGCAGUCAAAUGAAUAAAAGAACACGUUGGUUCGUGGCUCUGUUCGAUUAUGAUCCCAAAAGAAUGUCACCUUAUUCAGAUGCCUGUGAAGACGAACUAUCUUUCUCUCAAAACGACACCAUCAAGGUGUACGGCGAGAAAGGCCCGGAUGGAUUUUAUUGGGGAGAAUGUCAUGGUAGGCGUGGAUACGUUCCUUCGAAUAUGGUUGAAGAAAUUAAAGAUCCGAAUCAACCUGUACAAGGACAACCAGGAAGGAGAAGCAGAUGGGGAGAUAUUUACGCUAAUAUGCCAGUGAAGAAGAUGAUAGCACUCUUCGACUACGAUCCUAACGAACUGUCCCCCAAUGUUGAUUCUCAAGUGGAACUGGCAUUCCGAAGUGGGAAUGAGAUCUAUGUCUACGGUGAUCUAGACGGCGAUGGAUUCUACAUGGGCGAAUUAAAUGGACUAUGUGGCUUAGUUCCAAGCAAUUUCCUCACAGAAGCAACUGAUCAGCCGCCACAAGGACAACUUCCUCCAGGAAGUAGAAGGCCUCCUGGUCAAAGUCAAGGACCAGGAGUGAGAGGACCGCCUCCUCCACCUCGAGAACCUCCUCCACCUCGAGAACCACCUCCUAGUGGUCAUCGACGAGGCAAAGAUGCCUGCAUUGUGCCUGUGUCUGUCCCUGUCUGUCACUUAGACUCUAGACAACAACAACAACAACAACAACCAUCACUAAUGAACAACCAACAACAUCAACUCCAACAUCAACAAAACAAUCCACCGCAUCUAGCGUACCAACAAGCGAAUCACCACAGCUACACGACUGUAACCACGUCCAACCAACAUGGGCCCACACCUAUGGGUGCCCAUCAGCAAGGUUCCGUACCACCCCACCUUCAACAGCAGGGGAAGGGGAGGGGAGGCGUGAUUAAUCGUGGUAGUAAUGUACCAGGAGGUAUGCAGAACCUUGGACAGCAUAUGCAACAACAAGACUACCAGCAACAGAAUCAACCGUAUCAACAACAGCAACAAAAUCAACAGAACCAAAAUUAUCCGCAACAGAAUCAAGGAUAUCAACAGCAAGGUGCAGGUUUUGGUGCUCAAGGCCAACAGUUCCAGCAGCAACAGCCUCAGCAGCAACAACAGCAACAAUCGAAUCAACCGUACUCGCAACAAAACCAGGGUUCUUCUAUGCAAGGCAGUCAGGGAACAAGUAAACCGAUGAGAGGAAUACCGACUGUAUUGCCGACGCCUCAAGCGAAAGCGCAACCAAGUACCACGCAGGGCCAACAACAGCAACAACAGCAGCAACAACAGCAGCAACAGCAACAAAGUACAGGGCCAAAUCUGAUGCAAAAAUUCACGGAGAUGGCCGGUGCGAGCGCUGGCGGCGAUAUCCUGUCGAAAGGGAAAGAACUGAUUUUCACGAAGUUCGGACUAGGCAAGUGAGUUAUUACCCUGCCCGUGUCGCCAGCUCCGCUUCUUCUCCAUUUCUGUCCCGCAACGUUGUGAUGGAUCCACGCUGAAAGCUCGAGGAGUCAAGAGAGUUGUCGUUAAAUCAGUAUUACGGAGAAACUUUCGCGGAAUGCAAGCGAGACGCGCAGGCAGGAACGUACGAAUGCGUCUCGUCCGAUCAGGUCUUCGCGAAUAUCCCUGAACGAAUACAGAUAUAAAUGUGUGCUGCCAUUGCUGCUGCUGCUGUUGCUGCUGCUAACGACUGUUAUUAUUUUUCGCAAACCAUUGCUGGAUCGUUCGAUUAAAAGCACUGUUCGUCCGCGAAAGACCGAGUUACUUAAUGAGAUUGUUACCAACAACCUCGUUCGUACGAUCACCUAUAAUCCUUAGCAACAUGAAAAAGGAAAGAAUGUUCGCUUGCGUUUUUCUAAUAAUACCAUUCGGGGAAAAUCGUUUGGGAAAGCAUUACAACCGAUCUCGACGUAAAGUUGCACGAUUAAUGACUUUGAUUCUUCAGAAUAUACGCAGAACCCUGAAAAUAACGAACAAUCUUUGUUGCAUUCUUUUCGAUCUUCUUUUUAUCCUCAUUUGUCGUCUCUUACUUCUUCUUCUUCUUUAUCUACGACAGAAGCCCUAAAUAUCACGUAGACGGUUUAUUGGAAUGCUAAAAUACGUUAUCACGACAGAAACCAGCCGAGCAAAAUACGUAUAACAUAUAAAUAAAAAUAAUCUUUUAUCUAAUCUCUUCUAAUCUUUUAUCUAUACGUGCGAAAAAAUAGCGUGGAUCAAAUCGAAAUUGCGCGAAGUUGAUAAAAAUUUGUUAAAAAGGAAAAGAGAGUAGAAUUGUUUUAUUUCGUAGUUUAGACUUUUAAGCUGUUGAAACUUCGCGUUACAAAAGGUUUUUACAAACUGUUAGACAACGGACUGACAUUUUUGCGACAGAGCAUUCUAAGGAAAUGUCGAAACGUGACAUAAGUACAGAACAGACUUUUAUACUCUUGUCCCCUGUCGUUUAGUUUCCCCUUUUUCAUUUGUUUUUCUUCGUCUGGUGUUUAAUUUUCUUCUCCUAAUAUUUACAAGUGAUAUUUGCUUUAAACCAUUACCCGCAUAUAAAGAGAAAGAAGUAAACGAGUUACUAUAACAAUAGUCGAAUAGAUAUUAAGCAAGCGGAUCAUUCGUAAAGGAAUAAACUGAGAAGUAGCUCUUUGUCAUGUUCGAGCACGACAAUGAAAUUAAAUGAUUUUACAAAACAAAAGUCAGAUGACACGAAGAAAUACAUGUUAACUUAAUAAUCGGUCGAAGGAUUUAUAAUAG